CUGCUCCGAAGAAACUGCAGAACAAGAGAAGGAGAUUGCCGAGGAAGUUUUGAUCGAAGUUCCAGUGCAUCGCCGUACCUUGGUGCUGGAACACUACUGGCAUCGAUGCCUCGCCACCGACUUACGUACCGUUCCGGGACCGUAAGUGGCAACGGGAGAGGGCCAGCGUAGCGAGAACAUCGCCAUAAUGUUCUUCGGCUACCAGCGACCAGUGCGGACAGAAAGCCCCUCAUCCCGGUUGGACCAAUGGACGCGGUACGGUUUACGAUCAAUGGACAGCUUUACACGGUAAACGGUUCGUCCGACGGUAUUCCCGUGGACACGUCGCUGAACACCUUCAUCCGCGAUCGGGCACACCUGAAGGGUACGAAGUUUAUGUGCCGUGAGGGUGGUUGUGGAGCUUGUGUCGUCACGUUAUCGGGCCUUCAUCCAGUAACGCGGAAGCGUGGCACCUGGGCAGCCAAUUCGUGCCUGGUGUCCUUGUUCUCCUGCCAUGAGCUGGACGUACGUACGGUGGAAGGGAUCGGUGGGAAACGGCGCGGUUCCUACCAUCCCCUCCAGCAACGGUUAGCGGAGGCUGGUGGAUCCCAGUGUGGCUACUGUUCUCCCGGCUUUGUUAUGAAUAUGUACGGACUGUUGGCCGGCAAUCGGAGUGAUGGACCUCCAACGGAAGCCCAGAUAGAGGCAGCUUUCGAUGGGAAUGUGUGCCGCUGCACAGGCUAUCGACCCAUCCUGGAGGCGUUCCGGUCAUUCGCUCACGAUCGCACCACGACAUCUGCCCCGGUGCCGGAUAUUGAGGAUCUAACGCUAUGUCCGGCAAUGCGUGGUACUGUUAAAGGGUCGAAUGAGCAACGGGACACCACAAAACGAUGUCUCGCGUUUUGCGAUGGUGGAAAGUGGUUCAAGGUGACGUCGUUAGGCCAAGCGCUCGAGGUUCUUGAAUCGAUUAAAAUCGAUGAACAGUACAUGCUGGUCGCUGGUAACACCGCGCAUGGUGUGUACCGUCGACCGGAUGGAUUGCGUGUGUUUUUAGAUAUUAGCACGGUUUGCGAGCUUCGUGACCAUCGGCUAGAGCCAAAGAUGCUCCACAUUGGGUCUGGUGUGCCGUUGACGGAACUGAUCGAUAUCCUGACGGGUGCUGCCGACAGUAAUCUGGGGUUCGCAUAUUGCUCCUCGUUGGCGGACCAUCUUCGGAAGGUGGCCAACACUCCGGUGCGAAACGUGGGUACGAUUGCCGGCAAUCUUAUGAUCAAACAUCAGCAUCCGGAGUUCCCUUCCGAUCUGUUCCUACUGCUGGAAGCGGUCGAAGCUACGCUCGUCAUCGUAUCGUGUGCGGAGGAGACAAUCCGGGUGUCACCGUUGGACUUUCUGAAGCUUAACAUGAGCAAGAAGAUUAUCCGAUCGAUUGAGCUACCAUCGCACGAUCACGUCAGCACUACGUUCCGCUCCUACAAGAUCAUGCCGGUCGCCCAGAAUUCCCGGGCUACCGUUAAUGCGGCCCUGAUGUUACGGAUCUGCCCCGAGACGCGACUCUACAGCUCCAUCCGCAUCUGUUACGGUGGCAUCAAUCCAUCGUUCGUCCAUGCGACCAAAACGGAGGUUUUCCUGCAGGGCAAAAGUCUUGGUUCGGGUGAAACACUCGCGCAGGCACUGCACAUCCUUUCGGGGGAGAUAAAACCGGACGCAGUGCUACCGGAUGCUGCUCCCGAGUAUCGGAAGCACUUGGCGUUGGCACUGCUGUAUCGGUUUGCGCUCAGCGUACACCCGGAAACCGUCGGUCGCUUGAUGCGUACGGGAGCACAGGGUCUCGAGCGACCGCCCGUCUCCUCCGGCCAGCAAAGUUACGAAACGCAUCGAAAGCGCUGGCCACUAACACAGAGCAUACCGAAACUGGAAGCACUGGCGCAGUGUGCGGGUGAGGCCGAGUUCAUCAACGAUAUGACCGUGCUACCGAACGAGCUUCAUGGUGCGUUUGUUUUGGCCACCGAAUUGCAGAGCCGUAUCGUGCAGAUCGACGCUAGCGAUGCAUUGGCCAUUCCGGGCGUGGCGGCAUUUCUGUGUGCCAAGGAUGUGCCCGGGUUCAACAACUUUAUGCCGCUAGAGAUGGGUGCCCGGGAGGUGGAAGAGAUUUUCUGCAGCGGACAGGUGAACUUUGUCGGCCAGAUCGUCGGGAUGAUGUGUGCGGAGAGCUUCGAACUGGCGAACCGCGCUGCUGCGUUGGUACGGAUCGAGUACAAGCGUACCAGCAACCGGUUGGUGAUGCCGACGGUGCAGGAUGUGUACGAUGCGCUCGAUUUUAGCCGUGUGACCGAUCAACCGUACGAUCGGCAUGGUGCACGGUAUCAGCAGGCAAGCGAAGGUCGGAUCACGCUGAGUGGUCGGUUCGAUCUACGGGGACAGUACCACUAUCCGAUGGAAACGCAAGCCUGCCUUUGUGUACCGCAGCCGGACGGAAUGGACGUGUACACUGCGACACAGUAUUUCGAUCACGUACAGAUUGCCGUUUCCCAGGCACUGGGCGUCCAGGAGAGUGCCCUGAAUGUGUCGGUCCGCAGGGUAGGGGGAGCGUAUGGUUUGAAGCUAACGUACGCCAGUCAGAUCGCUUGCGCCUGCGCCGUGGCAGCGCAACAGACGGGUCGUCCGGUCCGGAUGAUAUUACCGCUCGAGACGGCCAUGUCGGCCACGGGGAAGCGUGCCGGCAGUGUGAGCGAAUAUGAGGUGUCCGUCGAUCGUACGGGGCGCAUUAGCAAACUGAGCCACACGUACAUCCAUGAUGAUGGUGCCAGCAUCAAUCUUUUCCUUGGGAGCAUGACAAGCGACAUGUUCAAAAACUGUUACCGAACGGACCGCUGGAAGCUAAGGGGAAAAGUUGCCCGCACGGAUGUACCAUCGAACACGUGGGCCCGCGCUCCGGGUACCUCCGAGGGCAUAGCGAUGGUCGAAAACAUCAUGGAGCAUAUCGCACACCGGACGGGGCUCGAUCCGCUCGAUGUACGGAUGGCGAAUGUGUCGCGCGAUAACAAGAUGCACACGCUACUGCCACGGUUCCGGCGGCAAGUAGAUUACGAUGGUCGGCGGGGCGAGAUCGAGACGUUUAAUCGCGCCAACCGAUGGCAUAAACGAGGGAUUGCCAUCAUUCCAAUGCAGUAUCCGCUGGAGAUCAAAUCGAAGAAAGGCGCAGUCGUGUCGGUGAAUAAUGACGAUGGAACCGUCCAGAUCGUGCACGGUGGCAUCGAGAUGGGCCAGGGCAUCAACACGAAGAUGGUGCAGGUGGCUGCCCAUCUACUUGGCAUUCCGAUGGAGAAGAUCGUCGUGAAACCGACCAGCAGCUUGCUGAACGCAAACUCGAACGCCUCGAAGCACAGCCAAGCGACGGAUGGUGUGGCCGCGGCCGUUAAGAAGUGCUGCGAGAUACUGCUCGAACGUCUCAAACCUUACCGGUCACUGCUACGGCCCCGAAGCUGGGAGGAAAUGGUUCGGAGUGCGGCCCUCGAUGAGAUCAAUCUGCAGGCAUCGUACUUUUCCACACCGGCCGACAUCCGCCCGUACACUAUCUGGGGUUUGGCGUGCGGUGAGGUGGAACUGGAUGUACUGACGGGCCAGGUACUGGUCCGGCGUGUCGACAUCCUGGAGGACGUCGGUGAAAGCAUGAAUCCGAACAUCGACGUGGGCCAGAUCGAGGGUGCGUUCGUGAUGGGCCUUGGUUACUACCUAACGGAGGUGCUCGUCUAUGAUCCCCGGAAUGGGGCGCUGGUUAAUAAUCGAUCCUGGAACUACAAGGUGCCCGGGUACGCCGACAUACCGGUGGAUUUCCGGGUGUCGUUCCUUGCCAAGAGCGUCAACGAAGGUGGUGUACUGCGAGCCAAAGCAACUGGUGAGCCAGCGUUAUCGCUCAGCCCAGUGGUUGUGUAUGCGACGAGGAAUGCCAUUAGAUCGGCCCGGCUCGAUGCUGGACUACCGGACGUGUGGCUGAACAUGGGCAGUGGCAUGACGCCGGAAAAGAUCUGCUCGUUGCUGGAACACUCCACCGAACAGUUCAAGUUGGAAUGAUAAGACGCCUUUCGCGAGUUUUCUCUCAAAUAAAUUGUUCCUCAUUUAGCAUGUUCA